AUGACUGGCCGUGGCAAAGGAGGCAAAGGGCUCGGCAAGGGAGGCGCUAAGCGGCACCGCAAGGUGCUUCGUGACAAUAUCCAGGGCAUCACCAAACCCGCCAUUCGUCGUCUGGCUCGACGUGGAGGAGUGAAGCGAAUCUCCGUUUGCACGUGCCGCCAUAGUCGGAUACAUGAUUUGAUAAUAUUCGGCCAUACGCUUAAAACAGAAUGUUCAGCGGGUGUUAGUUUGGACGGUGCGGACAGUGCAACUUGCAUCAUCGUGCAUCCAUCGACUCGUCGUCUACAACUGUGUGUGUGGAAGAAAACCAAACCAAACGAACGCGCAAUGGCUGAAACUGCUAUCGACGUUGCUGCUACGGCCCCUGCCGUCGUCGCCUCUCCGCCAGCCGCCAAAGCGCCACCGAAGCAGGCGGCCAAGGCUAGCAAGAGUGACGCCAAGAAACCGAAAAAAUCUUCAACCCAUCCACCAGUGAGUGAGAUGGUUCUGGCUGCCAUCCGGACCCUGAAGGAACGGAGCGGAUCAUCACUGCAGGCGAUCAAAAAGUACAUCGCCGCCAACUACAUGUGUGACGUCGCCAGGCUGGCUCCGUUUAUCCGGAAGGCUUUGAAAACGGGUGUCGAGAAGGGAAACAUCACCCAGACCAAGGGUACCGGUGCUUCCGGAUCGUUUAAGGUGACGGUCGAAGCAAAGAAACCGGCUGGCGAUAAGAAACCACCAUCGGGUGCAGCGAAAAAACCGAAGAAAUCGGCUACUAAAUCCGGGGAGAAGAAAAAUCCGCCGGCUGGUGGUGGUGAGAAGACCAGCAAGCCAAAGGCGGCGAUCCCGGCCGCUAAGAAAUCGGCUACGAAGAAAGCGAAAGCUGCUGCCCCUGCAAAGGCGAAUUUUCAUACGCAGGGGCUGUUUUAG